AUGGGUAAGGUUGUAACGGACACGGUGAUUAUAACCUCGAAUAAGUGCGAUGUUGUUGAUAAUGGUAGUGUUGAGAUAAUUCAGGCCUGGUUAUCUAAGAAUAUCUUAAUGAAGUUUCAAAUCAACGAAAAUCAACCACUACAGUUAAUCAUUUUGAAGAGAUUCAAGAGGAUAUUGUUGAUUUGUCCUAAUCAUGACUUAUCGGAGCAUGUUAUGGAUGCCUCUCUUGCCGGGGAGGUCGAUAAAUUCAACUUUAGUUACUCUUUGCAGGAUGGAUACCGCGAUUUAACUAAACAACACUUAAGAGUACCUGAGAGUGAAAAAAUGUUCUUAAUAUCACCUCCAGCAUCGCCACCGCCCGAAUUUGAUUUCAGCAAGUGUGAAGAUGCACCACAGAGACAUAUACAGAGUCAUAUACAGAAGGAGCAGCAGAGACGAAUGGAAGCGGGCCAUCUAUUGCCAAAAAAUCCAGAUGAAGGUGACAAUGGCACUUUCACGUUGUUGAAAUCAAAGGUAGGCGCUAUUACUAUUGAUAGAUGUCCCACCAAUGAUGGAUAUGGACAGACGCAAUUAGCAGAUCACGUUAAAACUGCUUUCCCACCAAAAUCCAUAUUUGAUACCGACGACGAUGAUGAUGAUGGUGAUGACGAAACGAUGGGCUGA